UCAUUAGUGCGUUAUCAUUGCGAAGCUUAUAUUCAUUAUGAUGUUGCUCGUAAUUUUGGUGUUGUUUGGAAUUUCCGAACGCUACUACUGCGCACCAUUUUAUAUCGAUCCUGAUACCAUUAUUAAGCCGGAGCAUGUCCAACGGGACGAUUUAGAGCGAGGUGACGAAGUUACAGCUCCAGUAGAUCCCAGGCCACCACCAGAAAUUUCGGAUCAGGAAGCACAGGAAGUCCUUAAUGAGAUCGGAUUUCUGGAUGGGAUGAACUCUUCUUACGACGUUCUAACUAGAUUGGAUCAUACUAAGGACGAUGCGGUGGCUACUGCACUGAGAAAGUUUCAGCGGCGUUAUCAGCUGCCUGAAUCCGGACUACUAGAUGACGACACCAAGCGUCUCCUAGCCGCCCCGCGUUGUGGACUCGCUGAGUUGAACACAGUGCAAGAUAGGUGGACGAAACAGUUGCUAACGUACAGGAUUAGAAGCUUUCCCAAGAGCUUUGAACCAGCAAUAGCAAGGCAGCUGAUCAGAUCAGCGUUCGAACAGUGGAGUAAGCAUACCAAUUUGAAUAUUGUUGAAGUUUCGGGAACGACUGCUGAUAUCUAUGUAAGUGAUGAGCCAGCAGUACAUCGUGAUCGCCUGGGGCAAGAGUGUAUCUUUCAGCGGAACACCACGCUGGCGCAUGCUUUCUUUCCGGAGGUCGGUGAUAUUCACUAUAACCGCGAUCGCAGUUACUCGGAGGAAGAAUUUCUCAGUGCCUCUAUGCACGAGAUUGGUCAUUCGUUGGGUUUAGAUCAUACCACUUCCAGGUCGUCAAUUAUGUUUCCGAUGCACAUUAGAUACCACACGGAAAUUCCUGAGGAGGAUCGUGAAGCACUGCAAGCCUUGUAUGGAGUUCGGCGGAUUUUCAAACAAGGUGUUCCUUUCGCUACCGCGAAAAAAACUCCAUCGCUUUGCUCACUAAACAAAAUCGAUACCAUUCUGAACGAUCAUACCGGCCAGACGUUCAUUUUCGCGGGAGAACACUACUUCGCUUUGGGUGAGCGAAAUCCCGAGGGACGUUUAAUAUCAUCCAAGUGGCCGAGGCUUCCGGCAAACAUCGACGCAGCGUUUACCUGUCGAAAUAAGAAAACAUUUUUCUUCAAGGGUAGUAAGCUGUGGGUUUACGCUGAUCACCAACUGGAGGCAGGCUAUCCGAAGUUGAUCGCUGACGAGUUGCCCGGAUUGCCGAAUCAUCUGGAUGCGGUGUACGUUACAAAAGGUGGUAGUAUUUUAGCGAUUCGGAAGAAGCAAUACUGGUUCUAUAAUCCCACCAAGCGACCCCAAGUGAGCGCUCAUUUUCCUAGGUUGAUUUAUGACUUUCGGAACAUGCCCACGAAUAUGGAUGCCGCGUUGUUUCACACCGACGGGAUUGUCUAUUUUUUCAAAAAUCGGGAAUAUUUUACGAUGGAUAUGGUGAAUUUUACUGUAAGUGCGGGUAGUCCGCUCAUAGAUAAAUGGUUUAAAUGUUAGGCCGUUAGUUUGAAUGUAUUUUCAGAGACAAAUACAUAGUACAAUUGAUUUUGUUUUUUUGAAAAUAUCGCAACUAAUAUAGUUUGUUGGUUAAACCUAUCC